GGAGCGGCCCGCGCUGAGCCGGCGUCUCCGUGACAGGCGCUCUCGCCGCUGCCGCCGCCGCCGCCUUUUGCCUUUUCUUCCCGGUCCCGGCCGCCCGCCCGCCCGCCGCCCGCCCGCUCCCGCCCGGCCUCCUCGCGGCAGGAACUGCGGCCCAGCCCGCCCGGGGCCCGCGGGGCCCGCGCCCAGCCGCCCCUGCGCGGUCCGCAGCGCCGCGGGCACCAUGCCCAGCAAGACCAAGUACAACCUUGUGGACGACGGGCACGACCUGCGGAUCCCCCUGCACAACGAGGACGCCUUCCAGCACGGCAUCUGCUUCGAGGCCAAGUACGUCGGGAGCCUGGACGUGCCGCGGCCCAACAGCAGAGUGGAGAUCGUGGCUGCCAUGCGCCGGAUCCGGUACGAGUUCAAAGCCAAGAACAUUAAGAAGAAGAAAGUGAGCAUCAUGGUUUCAGUGGACGGAGUGAAAGUGCUUCUGAAGAAGAAAAAGUUUCUCUUGUUGCAGAAGAAGGAGUGGACGUGGGACGAGACCAAGAUGCUGGUGAUGCAGGACCCCAUCUACAGGAUCUUCUACGUCUCUCACGACUCCCAGGACUUGAAGAUCUUCAGCUACAUCGCACGAGACGGUGCCAGCAACAUCUUCAGGUGCAACGUCUUCAAGUCCAAGAAGAAGAGCCAAGCCAUGCGGAUCGUCCGGACGGUGGGGCAGGCCUUCGAGGUGUGCCACAAGCUGAGCCUGCAGCACACGCAGCAGAGCGCGGACGGCCAGGAGGACGGGGACGGCGAGUGGCACAGCCACAGCUCCGGGGACCCAGGCCGGCAGCUCCCUGGAGCCGAGAGGGCCUCCCCCGCUACUGCGGAGGAGACCGACAUCGACGCCGUGGAGGUCCCCCUCCCGGGCAGCGACGGCCUUGACUUCAGCCGCGGGGUGACCGACCUGGAUGCCGUGAGGAAGGACGGCGCCUCCCACGCAGACUCCACGGUGCCGCCCCAGGAGCCUGUGCCCACAGCCUCGCCCCGGAUGCCGCUGCCCCCGCCCCGUGCACAGGCCCCGGGCGCGGGCACGCCGCUGUCCUCGCAGCACCAGCUGCAGCUCCUGCACCAGCUUCUCCAGCAGCAGCAGCAGCAGACGCAAGUGGCCGUGGCCCAGGUUCACUUGCUGAAGGACCAGCUGGCGGCGGAGGCAGCGGCGAGGCUGGAGGCGCAGGCCCGCGUGCACCAGCUCCUGCUGCAGAACAGGGACGCCCUGCAGCACGUGUCCCUGCUGGUCAGGCAGGUGCAGGAGCUGGAGCUGAAGCUGUCAGGACAGAGCACCACGGGCUCCCAGGACAGCCUGCUGGAGAUCACCUUCCGCCCCGGAGCCCUGCCCGUGCUCUGCGACCCCGCGACCCCCACUCCAGAGGACCUGCCUUCGCCGCCCCUGGGCGCCGGCCCGGCCCUGCCUGCGGGCAGCCCCUUAGGUAGGCGCGACUGCUUGGUGAAGCUGGAGUGCUUCCGGCUCCCCGGGGUGCGGGGCCCCCCGCUGGGCGGCCUGGAGCUGCUCCGCUUCCGGGAGUCGGGCAUCGCCUCCGAGUACGAGUCCACCACGGACGAGAGCGAGGAGGAGCCGCCGCGCCUGCUGCACGUGCGGCAGCGCCGGGAGCCGGGCGACAGCCUGGAGGACACGGUCGCCGUGUAGGGACGGCGGU